GGGCAUCACGGGAGUUCGAGGGCUAUAAAAGACCUGGUUGCUAUUUUAUGCUUCUCGAGUCACUCAUCCUAUAAGUGGGGUUGGGCUAGCUGCGCGUGCGCGGUUUUAAUACUCCUCCCCAAACUGCCAACACUUCGCGCAAGCGAGGUAGCUUCGCGGUCCCUGGGUUUACGCGUGCGCACUAACGGGCCUGGCCCGGACGACCAGAGGCCUGCGCAGUGUGUACUUCACUGACAGCCCCCCGGGUGAGGCGCGGGCCACUCAUGGCGGAACCUUGGUCUGGGCAGUCAUUGCAGGCUUUGCCGGCCACAGUGCUGGGCGCGCUGGGUGCCCUGGGUAGCGAGUUCCUGCGGGAGUGGGAGGCACAGGACAUGCGCGUGACCCUCUUCAAGCUGCUGCUGCUGUGGUUGGUAUUAAGUCUCCUGGGCAUCCAGCUGGCGUGGGGGUUCUACGGGAGCACUGUGACCGGGCUGUAUCACCGCCCAGAUCCCCACCCCCAGCCUGCUGCAGCUCUGGAUGUGUUCCCGCCCCCAGGUCUGGGCAACCAGAACGGAUCCACAUCUGAUGGCUCCACGCAUUUCCCUUCUUGGGAAACAGGAGCAAACGAACCUCUCAAAACCCACAGAGAAUAAGGGAAGGCAACAGAGGGGCCUCCAGGGACAUCACCGGGUCUGCUGGCUCCCACACUGGGUUCUGUUGCUGCUCAGACCCCACGGACAACUGCAGGGGGGAGGAGGUUGGGGGCAGGGAGUACCACAGUGCUUGGAGGGCUGGGCCUCCAUUGCCCUUGGCCUUGCCUCCAGCAGCUCCAGGCAUUGGGCCAGUAAAGAAUUUGUCUCUACCCUGAUCUAGGUGCCUUAAGGAGAGAACGCAUGCUUCUCCUCUCUCAGGGGUCAGCUCAGGAGAAGCCUCUGAGUUUGGGAGGCCAAUAGUCCAUUUUCUGUCUUGGCUUUUUCCUGUCCUUCCCAUCCCCCUGAGAUGUGACCCCAUAGAAAUUUGUCCUUCUGAGAGGAAACCUGAGGUUGACCAGCUCUGGGAUUUGUAAAGGAAGUCUGUCUUCUAA